GUGCCAACGAAUAUGUAAAAUAAUAUAAUUUCACUUGUAAUUUUUGAAGUUCGGUCUCCCGUACGGAGAACGGCAGAAGGCGAUGCAGAAUAGCAGAUUUCCACGUGCCGGAUUCCAAUGUCACGUUAAUAUUCCCUUGGCCAUUCCACCUUCUGCUUGCAGAGCAGUAGGUGCAUUCGUUUAUGCGCUAUGUCGACUAGUGAGCCCAUGGAUGGUAUUAGCAAUAAAGGCGCUUCAAUCGGGGACUCUCAGGAAAAUAGAGAUGGCGUUGUAGAAGUGACGAAAGCUGGAGUGAAAGCCGAGGUAGCUGUCGAGGAGUUAGUAGCGGAGAACAAUCCACACAUAAUUAAAGAGGGUGACUAUGUUAUUCUGUGCGCGGGGGCAAAAAACAACUACAAGGUGGUUCAGGUGACGAAAAAUGCGGCGAAAAUUCGCUGGUUCAAGCACUUUGUGAAGGUGUCGGCGCUCGAGGGAUGUUAUUACGGAAAACACUACGAGAUCGCCGAGGACGGCGUGGUGGAAUCACGGUAUGUCGAUGUGCUAGGAGAGUCUACAGAAGAACACAGUGGUAAAGAUCACAGAAGUAUUCAGCAAGAUUAUGAUUCACAGAAACUAUCAUAUGAGGAGAUCACACGGCUGAAGAAGGAGGGCGUAAGUGGCGAGGAUAUGAUUAAGUUGUUGGUGGAGAAUAGUGGGAGUUUCGAAAAUCGCACAGAGUUCUCCCAGGCCAAAUAUAUUAUGAAGAAGCAAAAACGGCAUCUGGCGAAUACAUUCUCACUAAGAAGACCUACUUUGCCAUUACUGUGUGAUACUACAUACCAAUUUAAUCCUGAAAGGAUACAAAAUAUAAGGUCUGAUUCACUCGCGCAAGUACUUACACAAGCUAAUGUACAUGCAGGCUCUCGCGUACUCUUGUUGGAAUCAUGCAAGGGGCUUGUGACGGCUGGUGUUCUGGAGAGAUUAGGUGGUUACGGCGAAUGUGUGAGUCUCUAUGUAGGGGACAAGCCUUCGCACCCGUACGUAGAUCAAAUGAACUUCGAUGAGAAGGUUAUGAGCACUUUGCGCUCCUUUCCACUUGUUGAUUUUGACCUAGCGAGUACCUAUGCGGACACAUAUGGGGAGCGAAUCGAUACUAUGGCAGCGGAAAUUGUUGCGAAGAAGCAAGACGUUGCAAACGGUGGCGAGUUCACUCAAAAAGAUCAACAGUGGUUGGCGCGUAGGAUAAAAAAGCAGCAGGUCAUGAACAAUAUAUACUUGGCCGCACAAACACUGAAGAAAGGCAGUUUUGACAGUGCCAUUAUGGUGAGCCGCUUCCACCCCGAAGGCGUUAUGGACCGCCUUCUACCCAAACUCAUGCACUCAGGACAGCUGGUACUCUUCUCUGUCAUGCCCGAGGUGCUUGUGCCCAUCCGCAACAACAUGCGUGCACGCGACGACUUUGUCAAUGCGUCUCUAUUUGACACUUGGACUAGAUCGUACCAGAUCUUGCCCCAGCGCACACACCCGGAGAAUAACAUGACGGGCAGCAGUGGGUAUGUACUGUCGGCUACGUAUGUGAUGACUAAAGACAUGUGUGGGAUUAGUGCUUUUGUGCCGCCGCCAAAUAAGCGCAAGCUGAUCCAGAUGGCCAAGGGAGGUAAGAAGGCAAAGAUGGAGGCUGAGAAAGUGAGUGAGGGUACCAAGGAAGCGAGUGAUGUAGAGACCGCUUCUACUGGGGACAAUAUCGCUGAACAAGUGCAAGAGUUAACCAGUGAGACCGCCGAGGUUGUUUUCACGGAUGCCACUAAAUAAAGAUCGUAAACAAGU